CUCUGUUACAAAACGCCAGAGAGGAGUGGCUCUAUUUAUAACCAGUUUACUAUCCGAGAUGUUAUGACACUGCUCAAGUUAAAGCGUGUACAACAACCCUGAUAUGUCUCUCUACCGAAACACCGUCUGGUUCCUAAAAGGUCUACAGGAAUAUACAAAGAGCGGUUAUGAAGCAGCGGAGAGACGCUUCAUCGCGGCGGAUUUAGAGGUGAGCGUCAGCGGGCGCUCGUUUAUCAUCACUGGAGCAAACAGUGGCAUCGGUAAAGCAGCCGCUUGCGAAAUAGCAAAACGAGGUGGGACGGUACACCUUGUUUGCAGAAAUAAAGACCGUGCCGAAGAAGCAAGAAAAGACAUUGUGGAUCAGAGUAAAAACGAGAAUGUUCACGUUCACCUUGUUGACAUGUCAAACCCACGGAGAGUAUGGGAGUUUGCCAAUGGAUUCUCGCAGAAGCACAGUCUGCAUGUUCUGAUUAACAACGCUGGCUGCAUGGUCAGUCAGAGAGAACUGACUGAGGAUGGCCUGGAGAAAAACUUUGCAACAAACACACUUGGGACGUAUAUUCUGACGACAGCACUGAUCCCUACACUAAAAAAGUCCCAGGAUCCCAGAGUGAUCACAGUCUCAUCUGGUGGGAUGCUGGUUCAGAAGUUGAAUGUGGAAGAUCUUCAGUUUGAGAAAGGCUCUUUUGAUGGUACCAUGGCAUAUGCACAGAACAAGAGACAACAGGUGAUUAUGACAGAGCAAUUGGCUUCACAGCACAAAGAAAUCCACUUCUCAUCAAUGCACCCCGGCUGGGCAGAUACCCCAGCGGUUAGAUUAUCAAUGCCUGAUUUUUAUGCCAAAAUGAAGAAUAAACUCCGUACUGAAGCACAGGGUGCUGACACAGUGCUGUGGCUUGCCGUAUCAGAUGCUGCCAGCAAAGAACCCAGUGGCCUCUUCUUUCAAGACCGAAAGGCUGUUUCUACGCACCUGCCCCUGGCCUCCUCCAGGUCUUCUCCAGGUGAUGAGCAGAUGCUAAUGAGCACACUGGAGCAGCUCGCUGUUAAAUUCAAGUGUUAAUUGGUGAACUCUGAUGUUGAUCAAAUCCAUGGAGGCAUGGGGAUCAAAAACACAUCAUUCCACAGAGAGAUGUACUGUAAUGUCAUACUGUAAUUCUUUAUAACAGUGAGAACUGUAAAGAUGUGAGACGCUCAUGGGAUCAGGGUUGCCAGGUUUUCACAGCAAAACCUGCCCAAUUGCUAUUAAAAAAAUGCCCCAAACUAGCCCAUUUACAUUUCUGGGGGCAGGGUAUAAAAAACAAUAAAAAUCACAUUCCAGGGGUAAAAUAUCACAUUAUCGGGGUUUCUUAAACCAGCGAACUUAAAAAAAAAACAGCCUGUGGCAACCCUGCUCAUGAUCACACCAAAAUAUGUGCCAAAUAAUUUAAUUUGUAUUUAAAAAAGGCUUUGAUUUUACCUCAUUAAAACAAAUACAUUCCUUA